UUGUAUUCAAAGUUCAAACUUCGUCAAACUCCGCAGGCAGAGGUCGCAUUGAUAAUUGUGUUUUGAAAUCACGUGAAGUAAAAUGACGAAUUUAUUUUGUUCUUUUCUUUUCACGGGAAACGUAUGUUCGGGAUUGAAUCAAGUUGUGAAAGAUACGUUUGCAGUACUUUAUUUUCAACGAGAACUUCUACGUUAAACGUCGGUAUAUCGAGUCGUGAAAUCCAGUAUACCCACGUAAAUCACAAUUGUAUCUGGGAGUCCUCAUAUGAUCGUCAUGUUGUGCUCCGUCUCUCUCGGAUAAACAUACAUUUCUUUAAAAUUAAUGUCGAUUAUGUUGAAAAGUGAUCGUCGCCCGCGAUCUGUCGGUUCUGUUCCUGGAGUGCGUAAGUCGAACGAGACUCCGCGAAAAUGGAAUCGCAAUCUCAAGUCUUACAACAACCAGAGACAAGGGGAUUCGAUUUGUCGACUGGAAAGACGUGGAUAUAUCCAGAAAAUUAUCCGAUCCGCCAGUACCAGUAUAACAUAGUUGAAUCUGCUUUAUAUCGCAACACUAUGGUCUGUUUACCCACUGGGUUGGGAAAGACCUUCAUCGCCGCUGUUGUGAUGUACAAUUUUUGGAGGUGGUAUCCAUUUGGAAAGAUUGUAUUUCUGGCGCCGACGAGACCUCUGGUUGCCCAGCAGAUCAAUGCAUGCUACGAAGUGAUGGGGAUUCCAAGCGUCAAUAUGAUAGAACUGACAGGUGCAGUAAAUCAGAAGAAUCGUGGAAUAGCUUGGCUCAAAAAGAGAAUAAUAUUUGCCACUCCUCAGGUGUUUCAUAACGAUCUUGAGAAAUCAAAUGUACCAAGUCAUUUAAUCAAAUGCGUUGUUGUGGACGAAGCUCACAAAGCUUUGGGCAAGCAUUCAUAUUGUGAGUGUAUCAAAAUAUUAUCCACGCAGAAUCAAUACUUUAGGAUAUUAGCGCUUUCCGCUACACCUGGAAAUAAAAUAGAUAAGGUUCAUGAAGUAAUACGGAAUUUAAACAUCUCUCAUCUGGAAUUGAGAGAUGAGAACUCAAUCGACAUAAUACCGUAUGUGAAUAAAAGGAAAGUGGAUAUUAUUUUGGUACCUCUUAGCAACGAAUUAGCUACAUUCAAAGAUAGAUAUAUUACUAUCAUGGAUCGCCACGUUAGGCUUCUUGUACAAUGUAAUGUACUGCGAGGUCAUACUGCAAAUAUAUCUAAAGGAAGGGUGUUUCAUUUGUUGAGGGAAUUUCAAAUGAAGACAGACAAGUCUGGAAAUUAUGGGCAAAUUAUGAAGACAUUGAAUAUAUUGUUAACUAUGUACCACGCUUAUGAACUUAUGAUCAGGCAUGGAUUACGUGCCUUCUGUAAAUUUUAUGCAACUCAUUCUGAUAAGUUUUGGAUUAGCAGUGAAGAUCGAUUACGAGAUUUACUCCAUGACAUAGAAGCUUAUCUCGGUCCGUUUCCGGAAUUGUAUCCCAAUGGAGAUGUAUCUGAGAUAUCAACAAAUAUCAUAUUUGGACAUAAUAAAUUUUACAAAUUGAAGGACUUGCUCGAACAUCAUUUUAAUAACAACAAUGACGAUCGAAAGGACACAAGAGCUAUAGUUUUCGUCGAAUACAGAGACAUAGUCAAUGAGGUCUAUAUUUUGCUCUUGCAAUCAAAGCCGAUAAUUAGGCCACAGAUGUUUGUCGGUCAAGCAGGUCAGAAGCAGAAGCAACAAAUAAAAGCGUUGGAAGAUUUUCGAAAUAAUCGUGUAAAUGUGCUGAUUUCAACGAGUAUAGGUGAAGAAGGAUUGGAUGUAGGGGAAGUAGAUCUGAUAAUAUGUUUUGAUGUAUCGCAGCAUUCCCCGAUAAGGCUGGUUCAAAGAAUGGGCAGAACAGGACGUAAACGAGACGGUCACAUAAUUGUUCUUGUUACAGACGGAAAGGAACAUGAGAAUUUGAAGUCUACGCUUUCCCGAAGGGACUCUCUAAAUAACAAAAUAUUGAACACGAGUAACAUAUUCGCCUCUUUGUACGAUAAUAAUCCUAGAAUGAUACCAGAUCAAUUUACUCCGGAAUGCCAUAAGAUACAUAUUAUAGCACUACCAAAAACGCCAAAUGUAAAAGGUAAAAAGAGAAAGCAUAAUGUCCUUAAAAAGAGUGAAGCAUCUGCCAUGAAACAGAAAGAGGAGUCUUCUAAAAAAGGAAAUUCAAAUCAAUCGUUGAUGAUGAAAUUUCUUACCGAUAAUAAAUGUAAUGAACAGAACCAGGCUAACACGUGCAAUAUUCUUACUCAGUUAAAAACGCAAAGCAAUAGCAAGUAUAAUACGAUAAAUCCUAAUAAUGUCAAGCUGUUGACUGACGACAACGCAGGGAUCGAUUUUCUGACGUUAUGCGCGGUAAAGAGAUCGGAGGAAGAGAUGUCUUCCGAAGCUGCAUCUAAAAUGGACACGACUUACAUUCCCGCGCCAAAACCAAUUGAAGAUUUGUUCAGUUUUGUAGUGCCUAACAUAGACGUUAUUAGUUUAUGUUUUCUAACGGAAAAUAAUUUAACGCAAUGUAAAGACUAUGAAGAUAAUGAAUCAAUACAAUAUAAGAACAACGAGGAUGAGAAUAUUCAUGACAAUAAUGAUUACAUGUCGAUGAAUGUCGAUAACAGUAACGUUUGGUGCACGAUCCGAAAUGAGAGAAAUGUCGAUGACAACGAAAUCAGAUUCGAAGAUAUACUUGACGAGAGUUCCGAUUCGAAUGAAACAGCAGUUUCGUAUCUAAAUCAACAAAUUACAAAUAUUGAGAUAAAUUCAGAAGGAGCUUCUACAUUUGACAUAAAAGAGGACAAUGAAAUUGUAACUGACACAAGAACCGAAUUAUCAACUAAUACCCUAGACAACCUGGAACCUACUAUAUUUGAAAGCAUAUUGAACGAAUCAUUUAGCUCUGUCGAGAACGAUUUGGAAAAUGAGGACGAUGCAGCAUUGCGAAAUGCGGAGUCUCCAAAUCCUUCAAGUGCCUUCCCUGAAAAUGCAGGAGAACUCAACGUAACGCGCAAAACUAAUGUUAACGAUUUUCACAACGAAGACAAUGUUGCUGAAACUAAUCAAAAUCUAUCUGCAUCUGUGAAACUCGCUAAAUCUCAACAAACGAAUAAAUUUGCAAGUUUUAUGGAUGAAAUGCAUGAUAUUGAGUUUAACAGUGACGAUGAUAUAAAUGAAUUUGUCAAGUGUCACAUUAAUAAAAAUAAAUCAAUACGCAAUUCUAAAGCAGAAGAGAGUUUGUUGUCCAUAACUCAAGCUAUUGAUGAAAUAGCACGAGCGAGAAGAAAUUUGGAAACGCCAAGGGGAUCUUUUGUAAGAAGUAAAGAAGAAUCGCUUAACAAAGAUACUGGCUGGAUUUCAGUUAAUAUUAAAAACGGAAGUGAAACCGGGAAGAGCAACACGAAUUUGAGGAUAGAUAAUAUCACAUUAUCAAAUACUCAUUGUACUUCUGCUGCCAAAUCGCGUACUGUUAAACAAGCUCUCGAUUUCCUAGAUGAUUCCGACGAAGACUUUAUGAUUACAGAGGACAACGCUAAGAAAUUCAAUGAGCUUGAAAGCUGUUACUUUCGCAACUCGUCGAAAGAUUCGAAGAACGAUAUUAGCUGCAUGCCCAGCACAUCGAGAAGCUCAGAAAUUAGAAACAAUUAUUUUAAUGGUACAUUGAAAAACUUGACAACGAAAGACAGUUGUUCCGAUAACGCGUUAAAAAGUUUGAAACCGUGCGGCGUAUCAACGCCGAAAACUGAUAGACGUCCGAAAUUAUCUUUGAAACGGAACAGGGCCCAGCAAGACUCGAGUACGAUAGAUUUGAGUUUCUUCAAGGCGCCCGAUAAACGUGUGAACAGCACAGCCGAUACGAAUAUUUUAAAAUCCAACCCCGACGUGCCAAAGCAGAUUCCUUUGAUUGAAAAGAUCGCGAGGAAAAGCAAGCGUAGGCCUAAACGUGAGGACAAUGCCAGAAACGAGUUUAUAGAUGACGAGGUGGAAGUGACUUCUGACGUCAGUUCGGACGAAAUCGUUAUCACGGAUGACGAGAAUCUUGAGGAUUUCGUGAGCUAUACGCAAUUCUCGCAGGAGCAAGUCGACAUGCACGCGCAUUAUCUGCAAACUAUUAGGAGCCCGAUAAAGAGAUCGGGCGCUUUUCAUUUCCGGCAGCCGCGCACACUCGAUCCAAAUGUAGAGAUUUACUCGCAGCCAGUUUCGCUUUCGCAAAUGCAAGAUUCAUAUCUUAACGAUUCGUUUUGCGUUGCGGGAGACGCCGAGCUAAGCACGCUCGCCCAUAACGAUUCGCUAUUAGAUAGAAUGGAAAGGAAAUUGGUGGAAAACAAGCGAAAACGUUUCUGUUCCAACGAGGAUUUGAAACGUACUAAAAAGAAAAAGACGAAUAUUUUAAAUCGCUCUGUGAGCAGCGAGGAUGAAAUCGAACAGCUGCGUGUACAAGUGCAGGAGGAUUAUGGAUGAACAAGAACGAAAUCGAACUGUGAUGCUUUGAUGAUCAAUUAUGGAGCGCAGUGAGAAAUUUAUUACCAUAUGUACAGUAUACUCGUUAAAGAUUCGUGUUAUAUAUGUAUUUUUAUACAGCGUUUUUGUAAUAAAAUCAUGUAAAGAUCUAUCUUUAA